CGCCCCCGCGCGGCUUUAUUAACGCGCGCGCGGCGCCGCGCCGCACUCUGCCGUUCGCCGUGCACCGCUCCCGCCCGCCGCCGCGCCCCGUGCUGUACCCCGUCCUUGUGGCUCCGGAACUCCAGAAUUUAAUGUGUCCAUGAAGAGCAAAGUUGUAGGAUUUCAAGCAUCCUCCAAGUUUCUUCCCACCGUCAGGCUUGAGAAGAAUCUUUUCACUCGCAAAGGCAGUCGCAGAGGAAACGCUGGAAACCGUCUAGAGCUCCAAGUGUUGACGCAGUUGCAUCACGUGCCUUAGAGGAAACGCAAGAAGCAGUGUUUGUCCUUAUCAACCGACGAAGCGCGUUUUAGGUAACCGCCAUCAUGGUUCAAGGCAGCAAGCAGGUCGGGCCGUCCCGCGUUGGAGCUUUCGACAGGGACCCCGCAGCGAGGAAAGCAUCGUACGAGGCGAUGCAGAAGAGCGAGCGAGAUCGUCGCUCCGCGUCGCAACAACAACAGCAGCAGCAGCAGAAGCAAUACGGGGCGUGGGGGCCUGUCUUCAAGGACAAACAGCACUUUGCGCAAAUGCACUUCUGCUAGGCCGCCCGCACGACGACCUUUUGGCGGGUGGCCGUGGGCGCUACUAACCCAGCUUUUCACUUUAAUCCCUUCCCCAUCCCUUAUCCCCAAGCUUCUUAACCAGCCAGGAUUGUAAUCAUUUUGAUUUACGAAUCUAUUUUCUUUUGCUCAUUUAAUAAUGGACGGUUUAAUGAUGUAUCAUGUUUCAUCUUUUCAUUGUCAUGUGAACACAAUGUGCCAUAAAAUUCUGUCACAUGCGAUAAACGACUGUAAAUCAGCAUUGUGUUGAUGUAUACUAGUCCCUUGUCAGCUUCUCUGGCAAAAAUGGUUUGUUGAAUAUUGUUAACUGGAUUUUUCUAAAGAGAAAGUAUUUAUUAAGCUUCAGGAAUACUAUAUUAUAAUAUGUCCGACACGGAUGUGUAUAUGGGAAGAUUGGGUCCG